CAGCAUUCUUCGAGGAGUGCAAGCAGGAGUACAUCAAGGAGAAGCUGGAGUUCCAGAGGACGGGGUGGCGGCUAAGAACCGCUCACAGAAACUACCAACCAGCAUGUAGAAUGCAAAUUGACCCCUGACCCCUGAACAUGUUGCCAUGUUGCUUCCACCUAUCCGAUCCUCUCAGAUCUACAGGAGAGGUUAGGUAGCGGGGGUUAGGGUCACGAGGGUGGCAGGGGGAGUGAGUGCUACUCACAGGGCUUUACAGUGUGUGUAUUGUACAUCAGGUUGGGAUGCUCACUGCCCCUGCGGGAGGAACUAGAUCAACGAAGGGGCCGGAGACAGGAGGACAUCCUAGGCCCUAAGUGACCUGUGUAACGACUACGAGGCAGGUUGGCAAGGUGUGUCUAAAGGCCUCCGUUCACCUGUUUGUAGGGAAAAGGAAUCUCUUACAAGAUACGGUUCCUCAACAG